GAAGGUGGACGUGGACAACUGCCAGUUCGAGCUCUCGCUUCCUGGCCUGUCGGCGCUGGUGGCGGGCCGGGGGCGGCGCAUCGCCGACUUCCGGGAGGGCGACGUCGUGAGCGGCACCGUCGUCUUCCGGGGCGACGGCCGCACGUAUCCGACGGGCCCGUUGUCCACCACCACCACCAUAAGUUGGCCCGUCAGCAUCUGGACUUCGGGGUGGCGGGGUGGCGCGCCGUGCUCCCGCACAACCGCGCGCCGAACGCCCCGCUCCGGGCCAGCCGGGUCGUGGAGGGCCUCCGCAUCGAGAAGGUUGUGGCAAGAAGCAGGCUCUGCCUCGUGUCGGCCGCUCCGGAGCUGGCCGCCCUGAAGCCGGCCGCUCUGGAGCCAGCCGCCUCGAAAUCGGCAGCGGACGCCUCGAAGCCGGCCGAUUCGAAGCCGGCCGCCCCGAAGUCGGCCGCCUCGAAGUCGGCCGCUUCGAGGCCUGCCGCCUCCGAGUCGGCCGCGGGCGCGAUACCGCACACGGUCCUGGAGGCGAGGCGGAUGCGCGUGGCGGAGCUCCGCGCGGCCCUGAGCGCCGCCGGCCUGCCGGCCAGCGGCCUCCGGCCGGAGCUGGCGGCCCGCCUGGUGGACGCGAUAAGAGCCGGCGCAGCCGGCGUGCGCUCGGCGCCCCGAGUCGCCCGAA